CAGUGUUGAGUGUGAGUGUGUGUUUUAAAUUUUUGUGUAAAUUCUUGCGUUAAGCGUUGAAUGUAAUGUAAUGAGAUACGACGUCCAGGAGUUACUUCAUCAGUCUGCUGAAGAUCCAUUCGCAAGGUUCGCAAAUGGGAUGGCAUAUCAUCCAUUUCUGCAUUUGUCACGACCCACUGACUUCAGCGUUUCCUCGCUGUUGACGGCGGGAAACCAAACGACAACAGCAGCUGAUCCCAGUGGUACCACGCUACCAGCAGCUUCUUCGCCCCCACAACAACAUCCACAACAUCAACAUCACCAGCAACAACAGCAACACCAGCAGCAUCUUCAGCAACUGAAUCCCCUUUCAAGUGAACAAUUGCGCUGUCUUGGCGGUCAAUCUUCGCCGUUGGGCAGUCAACAAACGCCCCAGCUGUCGCCUGGAGAGGCUAGCAAUAAUAACAACAACAACGAAUCCCGUUGUCCCAGUGGUGUGAAAGCCUUAAACUCCAACGACAACAGCACAAACAGCAGUAACGAAUCCAAUAGGCCUCUAAGUAAUAGUAAUAACAACAAUAACAAUUUGCCGUCGGCUCUUCUAAGUGCAGCGCAUUCAGCGGCCGUACACGCUUUACCUCCAGCUCAACCACCUCCAUCGCAUCCACAUCAUUCUCCAGUACCUGGUCACCCGGCGUUGGGCGCCCACUUGCCUCAACAGCCAUCCUAUUUCCCGGCCGCUGCCUUGGCUGCUUUAGCCGGCAAUCCAGCUGGUCCCCAUCCGGGUUUGUAUCCAGGUCAUUUACGUUUUCCACCGCAUCAUCCGCAUCCUCAUCAUCCGUUGGGUAAUCCCUACACCACCGCCGAAGACGUUGUUCUAGCCUCAGCGGUCGCCCACCAACUACAUCCUGCCAUGCGUCCCCUACGUGCCCUACAGCCGGAAGAUGAUGGUGUAGUGGACGAUCCCAAGGUAACGCUGGAGGGUAAAGAGCUGUGGGAAAAAUUUCAUAAACUUGGCACCGAAAUGGUCAUCACGAAAAGUGGAAGACAAAUGUUUCCACAAAUGAAAUUUCGAGUUUCGGGUCUCGAUGCCAAGGCGAAAUAUAUACUUCUUUUGGAUAUUGUGGCUGCCGAUGACUAUCGUUAUAAGUUUCACAAUAGUCGCUGGAUGAUUGCCGGCAAGGCCGAUCCUGAAAUGCCCAAAAGAAUGUAUAUCCAUCCAGAUUCACCCACAACCGGUGAACAAUGGAUGCAAAAGGUUGUUUCAUUCCAUAAGCUUAAGCUGACCAAUAACAUUAGUGAUAAACAUGGAUUUGUAAGUACUACGAUACUCAAUUCCAUGCAUAAAUAUCAACCCCGGUUUCAUUUGGUGCGAGCCAACGAUAUUUUGAAACUACCAUACUCAACGUUCAGGACAUACGUUUUUAAGGAGACGGAAUUCAUAGCUGUGACUGCAUAUCAAAAUGAAAAGAUAACUCAGUUGAAAAUUGACAACAAUCCUUUUGCAAAAGGUUUUCGUGACACAGGCGCCGGCAAAAGGGAAAAGAAUUGUUACAGGCAAGCGUUACUCUCGAAUCGCGGGUCCGAUUCGGAUAAACUAAAUCCCACGCAUGUCAGCAGUUCACGUGCUCCCCUGCACUUGGGUCAUACGGGCAGGCCGCCGCAUCAUUUGCAUGCCCAUCCCUCCAUACACGACAAUCAGCAAGAUGAUGAGGACAAGCUGCUAGAUGUGGUGGGACCGCCACAAAGUCCCUUGUUGCCUUUAAGUCAUUCGCUGCAGCAGAUGCAUGCUCAUCAACAUUCGGCCCUUGCAGCUUGGUUUAACCACUUGGCCGGUGCGAGUGAUCAUGCUAGUGAAGAGGCCCUAAGGCGCCGCCUACAAUCGGAUGACAUUGAACGUGAUGGCAGUGAUUCCAGCUGUUCGGAGAGUGUGGGCGGCAGUACGGGUGGUGCUUUUCGACCCACCUCCUCGGGUAGUCCCAAAGAAGGUGCAGCCGGUUUAACGGGUGCUGGUUCAUAUCCCUCACCCAAUAUUUCGGUAGGUCCACCCAUACAGCCCUCGCCACACCUGUUGCCUUACCUGUAUCCCCAUGGUCUCUACCCGCCACAUCAUUUGGGACUACUGCACAAUCCGGCUGCAGCGGCUGCUAUGAAUCCCGCCGGUCUCAAUCCCGGCCUCUUAUUCAACGCUCAACUUGCCUUAGCCGCCCAGCAUCCCGCCUUAUUUGGUCAUUACUCAGGACACACACCGACCUCGCCCCUGCAGGGCCUCAAAGGUCAUCGGUUUUCACCCUACAGUCUGCCCGGCAGCUUAGGCUCGGCCUUUGAUGCCGUGACACCCGGUUCGAAUGCCAAUCGUAGUGGCGGCGAGGGUCCUUCGGGCAUGUGCAGUGGGACAGGCAGUGGUCUAGAGCAUGGACCACGUAGCCUCAGCUCUAGUCCCAGACCGCGUGCCUCCUCGCAUUCCCCUCCCACGCGUCCCAUCUCUAUGUCGCCCACCACACCACCGUCACUACUCAAACGAACCAACUCACCGUCGGAGCUCAAGAGCAUCGAGAACAUGGUUAACGGCCUCGAGGUGCAGCACAACGGCAGCGUAUGCAGCACCAGCGGCUCCAUGGAUGAUUUACAAAGAAAGUCGCCCUGCAUACUAACGGAUCAGUGACAAUUGUAUGACCGGGACGACAACGAUCGCUCGUCCGUCAUCGAUCUCGACGAUGUGUGACUAAAUAGUUACUCGCUUCGCUUUAACGACCCCACCAGCCCCUGGCUGGCCUUAAGGGGCUCCAAUUACAAUUAUUAUCCAACCCAUCGUCAAAAUGCAACAUCGUCCUGUUGAUCACACUCGGUAAGAACAAGAAAUUAUAUAUAAACUUGUGUUUAG